AUGAAUACUCAUUACGAAUAUAUCCUUUCUUGUUUUCCAGAACGUAUUAAAGAAAUUAAUGAAUUUUAUAAUAUUAUUUCUUCAGCAAAUAAUUUAGGAGAAACUAUUUUAAUUCAUAGAAAUUAUGAUGAUGAUUCAAUUAUGAUUAUUAAAGAAUGUUUAAAUGGAAUAUAUUGUCAUAAACUUAUUCAAUUUAAUCAACAAUUAAUAUCAUUUAUUCGUAUGAUAAAAUCAAAACCAUUAAUCUCUAUUUCUCAAAUUAUUACAAAAGAACAUAUAAAAACUGGUAGAAGUAAUAAACAAACACUAAUUAUUUUAGUUAAUGAUUUUGAAAAAAUUCUUAAAGAUGAACAAAUUCAAUAUUUCAAAUAUUUACAAUCAUUUUGUGCAUUACAUAACAUUAUUAUUCAUUUAGUUUACUUUUCUUAUAAUCCUUUAUCAACUCAAUUAGGUUAUCAUUAUAAACGUAUUGUAUUUCUUCCUCUUUCACUUGAAUCAAUACAACAUGUUAUUUCUAUGUCAAUUCAAACAACAAACGUUGAUAUAAAAAAGAAAAUUAUGAUAUUUGUAGAGAAGUUAUAUUGGUAUAAUCCUUCAAGAUUAUUUAUUAUUACGUCUUCAUUUUCAUUUUUCGAAUAUCUUCAUUCUAACCCAAAUGCCACCGAUAAUUCUCUAAAUUCUUUUUUUAAUACAAUUAUUCAACCUUUAUGUAUUGGUCAUAAAUUAAUUAAAGAAAAUAUUGACUUAAUCAAUAACACUUCAUAUCAUCUUAAUUAUUUAUUAUAUAUUUCAUUUAAACUCUCUUUAAAUAAUUCUUGUUCUUUAAAAAUAAAUAAAAUAUAUUCAGAAUAUACAUUCUCUUGUCCUAAUCCUUUACCAUUUGAUAUGUUUAUUCUAUUAUUCAAAUCUGCAGUUGAUGAUCAUUAUUUUAUUGCAGCUCAAACAGAUGUUCCAUUUAUAGUUAAUUCUUAUAAAUUAAUAAUAACACAAAACCAAUUUGAUCAAAUAGAAGAUUCAAUCUUUGGUCAUCAGAAACUUGAAACUGAUGCAUUCUAA